GGUAUUGUAGUUCUUUUGCCUUUUAGGGUUUCUGGUUGGACAACCUUGGAGUCACAGUGGGAGGACUUCUAGUCCCAGGUGGCUCCAUAAGCAGCAGGUCAGGCACCAUACACAGAGGGAGACACGUUUGAAGAGAGUCCUUGGUUUUGGAAGAGUGACUUCCAUUCACUAAAAUAAUGUUCCUGAAAUGAAGAAGCUGGGGUUCAUUUCCACAACUUGUUGUCAUGGGACAAAGAGAUAACAUGUAUGUGAAGAAGGGUGGGAAAAUGUUAACCAAUGAAAGAGCCCAUUUUUGGUCAGGAAGGAUUUCACGAAGUAAGUCUGAGGGAAAUUUAUGUGACAUGGAAGAUCAAAAAUCCUCAAGAAAUUUCCAUAUUACAGAAUGUCCAGACCCAGGAUUUCUUCUCAAUUGGCCAGAUGCUUUCACCUGUCAUGGCAAUAGUGCUUCCAAAAUUACAAAUCCAUUCUGGAAUGAAUUGUCUGCUUCUAACCCAUUUUUGGAUGACAUAACUCAGCUAAGAAAUAACCAGAAGAGAGACAAUAUUUCCAUCUUGAAGGAAGAUCCUUUUCUCUUUUUUAGAGAAAUAGAAAUCGGAAAUUCUUUUGAUUCCUCUGGCGAUGAACUGGAUGUGCAUCAGUUGCUUAGGCAGUCUUCCCCACGGAAAGCUGGAAGAUCUAAAAGUGUUUCAGAACUUUUGGACAUUUUAGAUGACACAGCACAUGCCCAUCAGAAUAUACAUAACUCUGACCAGAUACUAGAACAAGACUUAGAAUGGCUUCAGAAUGACAGAGAGGCUUAUAAAAUGGCUUGGUUAAGUCAGCGCCAGCUGGCCCGUUCCUGCCUGGAUUUGAAUAUAAUUAAUCAGAGUCCUGGAUGGGCCCAAACACAAGUUGCAGAGACUGUGACAGUUUGUAAAUUAAGCCACCAAGGAGGAUCAGUACAAUUACCUGAAUCAGAUAUCACUGUUCAUGUACCCCAAGGCCAUGUAGCUGUGGGAGACUUCCAAGAGGUAUCUCUAAGGGCUUUUCUUGAACCUCCACAAACGCUUAACCAUGAUCUUUCAUGCACCGUAAGCCCACUGUUGGAAAUCAUGUUAGGCAACCGUAACACAAUGGAAGCCAUUUUGCUGGAGAUGAAAAUAGGGGCUGAAGUGAGAAAGGAUCCUUUCAGCCAAGUCAUGACAGAAAUGGUAUGUUUACACAGCUUGGGUAAAGAAGGCCCUUUCAAAGUGUUAAACAACUGCUAUAUUUAUGAAGACAUUAUUCAAGUCAAGCUAAUAGACUUGAGCCAGGUGAUGUAUCUAGUGGUUGCUGCACAAAUUAAAGCUACUCAGUCACCAGCUGCCACCAUUUGGGAUUGUAUCCACAAAACCACGUCAGUUGGAAUUUAUGGGCCCAGAUAUAUUCAUCCCAGUUUCACUGCUAUUUUUAUAGUUUGUGGACACAGUUAUAUGCCAGGAAAGCUUACAAUCUCUGAUAUUAAGAAGGGUGGUAAAAACACAUCUCCGGUUGUGUUUCAGCUUUGGGGGAAGCAUUCAUUCUUCCUUGACAAGCCACAAGAUUUAAAUAUUUCUGUUUUUUCAUGUGAUCCUGAUUUUGAAGUGAAGGCAGAAGGAGAAAGGAAAGAAAUUAAACAAAAGCAGUUGCAAGCAGGUGAAGUAGUUAAUCAACAAUUUUUAUUUUCCUUAGUUGACUCCAGAGAAAUGCACUUGUUUGUUUUCCGUGUUCAGGUGGAGCCUCCCAAUGGUAGAGCACUUACACAGUUCUUUAUCACUACACCUGAUCCAGCUCCUAGCCUAAAAAGGCUCUCAAAUCUGCCAGGUAAUUUGCAGGAAGAGAAGAAAAUCAGGUCUGCUCCAUUGUUACCAACUGUGUGUGUUAAAUAUCCCACAUUUCAGGACAAAAAAAUGAACUUCACCAACUAUGGGGUAACCUUGAAGACAGUGCUAAGACAAAAAAAGAUUGACUACUUACUUGAAUAUUUCAAAGGGGACACAGUAGCUCUUCUUGGAGAGGGUAAGGUAAAAGCUAUUGGGCAGUCCAAAGUGAAAGAAUGGUACGUGGGAAUCUUGAGAGGUAAGGUUGGACUUAUACAUUGCAAAAAUAUCAAGGCGAUUGCCAAGGAACAAGUAAUAUCUAUGUCAGAUAAUGUCUUCACAACCAGAAAUCUUCUUGAACAAAUUACCCUACCCUUUAAAAAACUGACGUACAUCUACUCAGUUGUAUUGACCUUGGUGUCAGAAAAAGUUUAUGAUUGGAAAGCUUUAGCCGAUGUCUUGGGUUACUCACAUCUGGCACUAGAAGAUUUUGAUCAAAUACAAGCAGACAAAGAAUCGGAAAAAGUUUCCUAUGUUGUAAAGAAGUUAAAGGAAGAUUGCCAUGCAGCUAGACACGCCAGGAAGUUUCUUUAUGAACUUAUUGUGGCUCUGCUGAAGAUGGAUUGCCAAGGGUUAGUAGCACAGCUCAUCCAAGAGGCUGCUAUUCUGACAUCAGCUGUCAAACUUGGAAAAGGCUGGAGGGAACUAGCUGAAAAGUUAGUGCGACUCACAAAGCAACAGAUGGAGGCAUAUGAAAUUCCUCAUCGAGGAAAAGCUGGAGGUAUUGCUGUUGAGAUGAUGUGGAAACCUGCUUAUGAUUUUCUCUAUACUUGGGGUGCUCACUAUGGAAAUAGCUACAGAGACGUGUUACAAGACCUUCAAUCGGCUUUGGACAGAAUGAAAAACCCUGUGACCAAGCAGUGGCGAGACUUAACUGGAGCUUUAAUACUGAUACAUUCCUUAGAGUUUUUGAGAGCAACUGCAUUCUCUACUUCUGAGGAAGUAUAGGGUAUGUUUUGGGGAAGAGGGAGAAUGGUAGGAGGGAAAUGGAGUGCGUGUGUGUGUAUGUGUGUGUGUGCAUGUGGUGUGUGCACACACGCGUACAUAAAGAAUCUCAGAAAAGUAUUACUUUUUUUUCAUUUGUCAAAAAGUAUGUUUUCCUGGUGAAAGCACAGCUUAACACAAAGUCCAAGGAUACAUUUUAUAAUUAAACAUGUAAUUUUAUAUGUUUCAAAUGCAAACAUUAAGCCAUUUUGUUGUUGAGAAAGGACAAAACCCUUGCCCCUUUCAAAGUUGCUUUAAUUUCUUUAAGUCAAAACAAAUGGCUGUUAGCAUAAUUACCUCACACAGUUACCUAGAUAAACUAGAGGCUCCCAGUGUGAACACUGGAGUUUUACUUGUAGUGGGUCUAGAGAGAGGAGAAGCAAACACAUACUCUGUGCACAGGCACAGAGCCACAAGCUUUCUAUAUUCCAUCUCUUUUAUUUAUUAGUGGAGUUUGCUAACAUUAUUCCCAUUUUUCAUCUGAAAAGACUAAGGACUGGUGAGGACACUCAGGGAAAAUAGCCAAUGGGAAAUAAGUUUUCUGUCUGCAAAAUCUGGUUUUAUUAUUUUUUUAAACAUAGCACAUAGCAAAAUAGUAAAAAACUAAAAAUGCACAUUAAAACUUAUAGGGACAUAGUAGCAACUUCAUUUUAAGUGAAACUUGCUGCACUUUUCCACCAUCUAUUGAAAGACUGCCAGAAAAAAAAAAAUUUGACUGAUCAUCAGAAAUCUGUUGUUUGCAUCCAUGGACUAGAGUUUUCACCAUCUUCCUUCCCCUAGCAUCUUGGGACAUAGCUAACCCUGACUAACAUGGAUUUUUUCUUCAGGAUCAUUGUGCAGAGUAGUUCUUUAACUCUCAGGGAUUUUUAAUAAGAAGAAUUAUUUUAAAAAACAUUUUUAACGUUUAUUUAUUUUUGAGACAGAGAGAGACAGAGCAUGAACAGGGGAGGGUCAGAGAGAGAGGGAGACACA